GUUUUCAAAACAAAAAUAGAGUUGCAAUCUUAGCAGAGCUGGACAAAGAAAAAAGAAAAUUACUUAUGCAGAACCAAUCUUCAACCAAUCAUCCAGGAGCUAGCAUUGCGCUCUCCAGGCCCUCUCUUAAUAAGGACUUCCGGGAUCACGCCGAGCAGCAGCAUAUUGCAGCCCAGCAGAAGGCAGCUUUGCAGCAUGCUCACGCACAUUCGUCUGGAUACUUCAUAACUCAAGACUCCGCAUUUGGGAAUCUUAUUCUUCCCGUUUUACCGCGCCUUGACCCAGAAUGAAGAAAACAUCUGCGAUGAAAGGGACUGUGCAGCUUCAAAGACUGAAGCUACUCUCAUUCACUGUUGUAAAAACUGACUUUCAGAAUUUUGGCGAACUGACACGUGUUUUGCUUCUUUAAGAGAAAGGAGUAUGUAAGUGAAAGCAAAAAAAAGGGGAACCAGGAUGAUGGGAGCUUGGGAGCUGUAUCGUUUGAGGAGUUGACUAUGCUCCCCAUGACUAUAACUUUUUUGUGACACCAUUUGUUUUUUAGCUCUAAAUUGGAUAGUCAUGUAAAGUGAGGCUGCACCCCAACAAGUUGGGCUGAGUCUACAGUUGGCUUUCAAGAAGCAUUUAUAGUACUUACUACUGAGGAUUUAAAAAAUGUGUUAAUAGCUUAAAUAGGAAAUUCAUAUUUACAGUUUGUAAGAUUGAUGUGGUAUGAUCUUUUGAAUUUAGGGUCAGCAUAUCAUGCAGAAAUAUUCUUUGUGAACCCCUAACUAGUUCCCCCCUUACCCAUUUUAAAAGGAAGCUCAAGAUAAGACUAAGUUACUAACCAGUCUUAAUUUCUUUUAUAAACAAAUGCCAUUAUAAAGGAUAUAACUAAAUGCUAUUAAAAACAAGAAAUGUGCGUUUUCAGGUUGA